UAAAGGGAGGCGACACGCGGCCCGCUCGGCUGGCAUCCCUCCCAGCUGCCUCCAGCGCCGCCUUGGAGGGGCGCCGGGCCCCGGAGCCAUGACCCUCCGCCGGCUCAGGAAGCUGCAGCAGAAGGAGGAGGCGGCGGCCGCCCCGGACGCAGCGGGCCGGGCUCCGGACUCCGAAGCGGCUCCCACCCCGAUCCCGGCCUCGGGUUCUCCGGCUGCGGCGGCCACCCCCGGUCCCUCCGGCGAUGAGCUGUACGCGGCGCUGGAGGACUACCACCCCGCCGAGCUGUACCGCGCGCUCGCCGUGUCCGGGGGCACCCUGCCCCGUCGAAAGGGCUCAGGAUUCCGCUGGAAGAACCUCAGUCAGAGUCCUGAGCAGCAGCGGAAGGUGCUGACUUUGGAGAAGGAGGAUAACCAGACUUUUGGCUUUGAGAUCCAGACGUACGGCCUUCACCACCGAGAGGAACAGCGUGUGGAGAUGGUAACCUUUGUCUGCCGAGUUCAUGAAUCCAGCCCUGCCCAGCUGGCUGGACUCACACCAGGGGACACCAUUGCCAGUGUCAAUGGGCUGAAUGUGGAAGGCAUCCGGCACCGGGAGAUUGUUGACAUCAUCAAGGCUUCUGGCAACGUUCUGAGACUGGAAACUCUAUACGGGACCUCAAUCCGGAAGGCAGAGCUAGAGGCCCGCCUACAGUACCUGAAGCAAACGCUGUACGAGAAGUGGGGAGAGUACAGGUCCCUGAUGGUGCAGGAGCAGCGGCUGGUGCAUGGGCUGGUGGUGAAGGACCCGAGCAUCUACGACACGCUGGAGUCCGUGCGCUCCUGCCUCUACGGCGCCGGCCUGCUGCCGGGCUCGCUGCCCUUCGGGCCGCUGCUCGCCGCCCCCGGAGGGGGUCCCCGCGGGGGUGCCCGGCGGACCCGGGGGGACCCCGAGGACGCCGCCGUCUACCACACCUGCUUCUUCCGGGGUGCCGACCCGCCUGCCACGCCGCCCCCGCCGCCGCCCGCGCGCGCCCCGGGCCUGGGCUCCGCGGAGGCCCGGGCGGCCUCUGGGCUGGGGCCGGGGCCGCGCGCCGCGCUGAGCCGCAGCGCCAGCGUGCGGUGCGCGGGCCCGGGCGGCGGCGGGGGCGCGCCGGGCGCGCUCUGGACUGAGGCCCGCGAACAGGCCCUGUGCGGUCCCGGCCUGCGCAAGACCAAGUACCGCAGCUUCCGCCGGCGGCUGCUCAAGUUCAUCCCCGGACUCAAUCGCUCCCUGGAGGAGGAGGAGAGCCAGCUGUAGGGACCAGGGGGGGCGGGCAGGGAGGUAUUUAUUUAUUUAUUCCUUGUGGCAGCCAGUGCAAACCAUGAGGGGAGGUGGUGGUGGUGGGCGCGCCCGGCCCACAGGACCCCAGGAGCCCAGCGCCUCGGGAGAGGGUCCUUCUUGGCCAGCCAGGCUUGGCCUGGUUCAUGGCUUACCUCUACCCGGAGAGAGGGGAGCCCGGGUCCUUUCCUUCUCCCCCUGGAAAACCACAGUGGGGAGUAGAAUCGGCAUUCCGGAUUGGGAGACGUUUGGGGGCCAAAGAUGAGCGUGCUAUCCUUUAGUCUGGGUCAGUAGUGCCUUGUGGGGUGUCCAGGAAAAUCUCCCCAGUCUCAGGUGGGAGAGUCCUGUCUCAUGAAGCCCUCUCCUCAGCUUUACUUGCUCCCCACCCUUGUCCUUGGGGAGAUGGGUUGGUCCCCCUACACACACACACACACACACACACACACACACACACACACGGUUCCAGCAGGCCCCAUGGGAUAAGGUGCUGGUCCUCCUCCCUCUGACCUUGACCUCUAAGGGCUUGCCCCCCUCCUAGGGGCCUGUAACUAAGUAGGGUCCUGCCAGGCAGGGGUCCUGGGUUCUGUAGCCCCUUGGGGAACAGGGCCGACAGAUGGGUUCAGGUGGGAUGGGCCAGCACAGACUGUUCCACUGUUUUGCCUAUGUUGCUUCUGAACCACAAAGUGUAUAAAAUUGAAGGUUUUUUUUU